GUAAGCUGCUGUUACCGUUCAUGGUGUUCACGUGUCUUUGGCUUGUGAUACUGUGUACUUCAAGUGGGAAUCCCCGUGGAGUUUAGCUAGGAGGCAUACUCUUGGGUUUCUCUCAAUGUCCGAGAAGCGAGAGAGGGAAGUGGGGAAAGGGGAUUUGGUGGCCAUAUGGGAUGUCCCCCUUUCGGAUGGCCUCCACAGAGUGGAAUUCGAGCAUGGCACCACGUCCGGCAAGAGAGUCAUUCGUGUCGACGAUAAGGAGUUGCUGAACAAUGAAUGGAUGUUUAAGCUGGUCGGGAGUGAAUCGUUUCAAAUCGGUCGGCACAGGUGCAUAAUUCGUAUUUCGCCCAUUGGGUCCUUCUCCUACGAAUAUCAUCUCGAGGUGGAUGGAAAGAGCUACAAGAAAUUCACUGAGACUCAGAGCAAGAUCAUGAAAACUUGGAUGGUGUCUCUGCCUAGUGAAGACUACAGAGUUGUUCUCGAGAAGGACACAUUGGACAUUUGGGUGAAUGGUGAAAAGCUGGAGGUGACAUCAGAGUUUGUGGAUGGAGGGACAGAAAUGCACUUCAGUUUUGGACCAGGUGGAAUUCAUCAGGGUUGUAUAGCAUCCAAAAGUAGUGGAAAACGACGAGAAGGACUCAUCUACGAUCUUCUCUUCAAUGGCAGCAUCAUACCUGAAGCCCCUGAGUAGAGAGUCAUGGCUCUUUCCUUUCUUCUGUAACACUGUUUUUCAGGAGAAGCAUGUAGUGACAUGAAGAGUUUUUGCUCUAGUUUUUCUGUACCAUGAAGUAAUACUCACCCUGGGAGAGAAAUUUUACUUCCUGAUAAACACCAGAGCAGUCCUGCAAAGCCCUCAAAAUUCUACACCUUAAAUACUUCCAACUGAGUUGACUCUGCAUGCUUCUUGUGAAAAAACACUGCAGUUCCAAUUGCCUCCACUGACACCUUAUUGAUCUCAAUGUAUUCCAUCCA